AUGAGGCUGAGAUUGACGGUCAAGCGUCAUGGUCUCCCGGACACGCCUGUUAUUUGGCACGUCGACACAAGAUCGACACCAACGGUUUUCCAACUUCUCGAGCAAGUGAAUGAGACCAUUCCCAUCGAAUCAUGCGAUCAAUGGGGUUUAGAAGAUUAUGCGGUAGAAUUGAAAGGCAGCAAUGGAACGAAUUUCGAGUGCCUGCAUUUUCAGGAGGUGGGCAAGGUUAUGAAAGAAGAUGACGAGGUUAUCAUUCGCCCGCUUCUUUCGCGGGAUUUGAAGAUACGUCGAAUAUCGGGGCGACAUCAGAUAUCGGCUGAUGGUAAACACUUGGUGGAUGGGCUUGCCUUUGGAAGACCGCUGUUACGAGUCUCAGCUGGGCGACCAGAUAUCUUGAUUCCUCCGAGGAAGCGUCCAAGAUUGAUGAUUACCGAGGAUAGCGAAGAUGAUGAAGGCUCUAUAGGGCUUAACAAAAGUGGGGAAUCUGAUAAUGGCACUCGAGAGUUAGUUCUCCACGCGGAUUUUGACGACGAUGACUCUGAGGAUGAUGAUGACUUCGCUCCUGGAGAAUUCGAGGGCUCAGAGGAAGAAGAGGAAGAAGAGGAAGAAGAGGAAGAAGAGGAAGAAGAGGAAGAAGAGUUUACUCCUGUAGACGAUGAAUCUCUAGCUGGAGAGCUCGAGGAGGACGACGGAAGGGAUAUUAGUGGAGAACAAACACGAUCGACGCAAAAAGAAGCAAUCACAAAGUCUCUUCCUAAUCCGGACGAAGUCGCGAUGAACGUCGACAUCAACAACGGCCCGAUUGUUGAUGAAUCUGAUAGAUCAAAGAUUCGUAAGUUGCACGCAGCUUUUCCUAAAGCAUCCCUGGGCCUCUGCAAACAUGUCUUUCGGGGUGCAAAUGGAGAUAUGGGCGCCUCCUGGGAAGCUUUGAAUCACGGGUUCCGAGCAGCCGUACCCAAGAGUGCGAUAAGUGGAGUUUCACUAGGGGAAUCGAGUUUUCCAAUACUCAAGACACGUCCAAAGUCAAAAACGAAGUUUGUCCCUGGCGAUGCCGAUAGCAUGGAUGUUACCAUGGAUGAGCAUCUAGAUCCUGUGGUUAGCUACUACGACCAGAAUGGCUUGCCAGCAGGCUCGAUUGCGUCUGGAACAGCUCUAUCUGUAAUGGCAGAAUCUGCAAAGUACUCGCCCAGUCAGCAGCCCGCAGAAUCAAGGGGGCCGACUUUAGUACGGAGUAAAAAGAGCCUUGGAUUUGCUGCUGGCCAGACUUCAUCAAUGGGCCUUACUUCAACCCCACUUCUAGAUCGAGACUCCCUUGGGGGCGAAGACAGCUCAACUGGCGACUCCAGCGAAGAUGAAAGUGAGGAAACCACGAGUACGAGUGGGAGCAGCGACUCAUCCAGUAGUGGAUCCUCCGGCAGUGACAGCAGCAGUGAAUCUUCAGGUAGCGACAGUAAUAAUGAAUCUCCGAGCGAUGGUGACGAACCAGAGGAAGUUUCGAGCAGAUCAACUCGAGUUACUCUACAUGCCACUGAGCGCCCACUACCCACCUCGGAUAACGUCAGCAAAACUGUCGAAGCUCGUCCCACUGUACUGCCAUGUCACGGGAAAAAAUCAACCCAGACGAGGAAUGCGCGCCGCAGGAAAUGGAACGCCUUGAAUAAACGUUUGGCUACUGGGAUUUCGGGGUCGGCAAACACGUCUUUCGAGGUGAAGGAAGUAGAUGGAAGGCGAAACGAAGAAAUUGAGCGGCGAAGAGAAGAGUUACUGGCUGCCUUAGCUUCCGGCGGUAUUGAAGUCGGUCGGUCACCGCCGAGGAAGGCUCUGGAGGCCCCAAAUGUCGAAGCCCAGUCGUCCCAGGCUGAGAUACCACCGGUGGAAGCAUCUAGCGAACUCCAUCUCGCUUCGAAAGCGCCUGUGGGCAUUGCUACUGCUCCCGAAGCACGGCAUCCCACUCCGACUUUAGCAAUGACUGCAAAUCAGAUUAAUAUGGACGUUGAUGGAGCGCCCCAGACGGAAGUUGAAAUACCUGAGGUUGCACCAACUCCAACCAACACACCCCCAAUCAAGACGCCAUCAUCGAGACGGACGAAGUUGGAUCUUGGUGCUGGAAGAAGACUGCUCUUCGGUGCUUUGGGAAUGAAGAAUCCGAAGACAAAAAAAGAUGAGGAGAAAGCUCGAAAUGACUUGAUGAAAAACGUCAAGCCUCUUACCGUUACAAGGGUUGAAGAGCAGCCAGUUCCUGUCCAUGGUGAAGCUGAAGACGAAGACUCGGAAGCAUGGAGAGACAAAAUUAUAUAUCGAGCCGUGGAGUGCUGUCGUGAUGGAAUUGAUUUGAGCGAGCCGCCAUUUCCUUUCCAGCAGCGAUGGGACCCCCAGCAACAGAGCUCUUGGUCACAUGCUGGUAAUCGAGGCGGCAAACGAAAGAAACACCAGAGAGAUCAGCCUCAAUAUUAUGACGAUGAAUCUUUAUAUUACAAUGAUCAAGCUCGCGAGUACGAUGACUCUUUUUCAUCGAAGAACCAAAAACGCCGCAAAAAUAGGCACAAUUAUGCCGAAGACCAGGAGUAUUUUAACCCGUUAUAUGACACAAGUCAUCACGAAGAUUCCACGAACCUACCGUACGACGAGUCCACCAAGAUGGAAUCCGUGCAAAAUGAUGAUGUGAAUGGAGAGGUCAGCCAGCAGCUGUUGAAUGAUAUUCAGGAUUCAUCCCCUGCUGUUUGCCAAGAACCCGAUGAUCUGAUUCCCCUUCCAGAUGAUAUUUUGUCCCUUCCAGAUCUCCAGGAUGGGCAUGCCAAAGUUGGAAUGAUAAUUGCCUUCAAGCAAAUCAUCAUGUCUGUAGAAACGAACUGGCAACCGCAAAUAUCGCGUUAUCGGACCGCCAUUGUCACCAAUGUUUCAGAGAAUCGCCUGCUUGAUUUAAUGCUUGCAAAGAGGGACCGACUGCAGUCGGAUAAAAUGUACGAUGAGGAGACUGGCAAUAGAAUAUAUGGCAAAUUCGAUAUGCCUGUUGAUGACGAAGACGAUGAGGAAGACGAUGGGAGACUGAGUCUUUCGUUUGAUUUGCUUGUCGAGCCUAAAGUUAUUCUGAACGCUCUGAUGGACACGAGCCAAGACUUUGCGAUGGAAGAAGCAUCCCAACAAGGAAAUCAAUUAACGAAUCAAGAUGCUGCGAUUAAAAAUGCAUCUCAGCAAACUCAUCCCCGCACAAAAGAAUCCAUCAUACUAAGUCAUGGACAUCCUAGCUAUGAUGGAUCUGGUAGUGGCGAACGUGGUCAUGACGAACCUACACAAGCUCAGCUUUCUCAUGUUACGGAAACGCAGCUGAGUUCAGAUGCCGUACAUACAUACACCCUUCCGCAGAAUGAGCAAACUGCCACAGGAAGCGAGAUCGCAGCCCAAUGGCCAAAUAGUCUAGAGCAAUCCGAGGAAAUUGUGGCCGAGAGAGUUGAGCAAACUGAAGUAGAGUACGGUGCUACUGGGGCUAGGACUACGGGAUUUAUUACUCCUUUAAUGGAUGUAAACACUGAUUCAAUCGACGUGGCUCUGUCAGUGGAUGGCGUCUCCGAAGAUAAUAGAAAGGAAAUCUCACACAUGAUAAGGGAGGCUGGAUUUCGAUCGUCAAUUCCAUCAUCUGUUGUGAGAGAUAUCCGUCCUAAUGGCGUGGAAAGUCCGGGCGAUACUGCUGUCUUCGAGAAGCUGUUGACAGACAUGACAGAAAUUGAGAAUGAUGCAGCUUAUUCUCCUAAAUUUACCGGACUUGGAAGUUCACCAACGAUGAGGCAACAUCGAUUAGAGUCUCCUGAGGCAUCCCGGCCAGAUGCCUCGACAUCUCUAGAACGAUCCAAGCGAGACGCCCCAAAAUCGCCACUGUACUCCUUACAGCUGCCAUCAGAAGCAUACGAGCCACUGCAGUCGAGCUGGCAAACCGUCGACUCGGGUGAAGAUGAGGAUGGAAACUCUGAUGAAGACUCCCCAUCCUUAUCCUCCAAUGAAGAUGAAGGUGAAGAGGACGAGGACAACGACGUAGUUGAGAGCGAGAUUGGGGCAAUUCUAAAACUGGCUAGGCCGCAACAAGAAGCCACAAAGACGAUGGAAUGGCCGGAUGACCAGGUGUCAAAUCCUUCAGUUGGGGAUUCGACGGGAGUAGCGAAUGAGCCGGUCAAGACUAAAUCGGUCAAGGCCCCAAGGGUUCCAGUAUCCAAAGCGCAAGCAAUAUGGGAGCAACUUCAGCCGCAAAGUAACAAACCGUCUACUAGUCUUAGUGACAGCCCCAGACCUCUCUCGGUAGAACUGUGUGCUGUUGAAGAUAGGCAAUCCAGCGCUAGUGUUUACUAUCCGAAAUUAUCAAGUGGAUCAUCAUUCACAAGUCAGGUUGCGGAUCAUGGUCGGCAACCAGAUUUCAAUUUCGAUGACAGCGCAGCUACAAACCCCAAUACCCUCAAGGUGCCUGGUCUUGACGAAGUACAAGGCUCUGCGACUGACGCGGAACCAGAGCUCUCAAAUCGAGGACGCGGCGACGUCAGUCACAAAGUCAACCAUGCAAACGAUAAUAUGGAACCAGCACUUCCAGCCCAGAAAUCCGGCAAUCCACGGCUAGCAUCACGUACAAAUUCUAGUAAGCCUUCCGAAGACCCUUCGGAUGACGACUUCCCUACCUUGGAAGAUAUAUGUUCUCAACCUCUUCCGAAAAAGGAAAAGUCGCCACCAGCAAGGACCUCCGGGGGUAAAAAGGAGAAGGGCGCCCCGUCACUCGAUAUCGACUUGUCGGAGAACUCUGAUCAGUCUACACCAAAAGCAUCUCAGAAACAGAAUCAGCGUUUUGGUGCCCAACAAUCUCGCCGUCAUGUGCCUCAGCGCCGCGUUUCUCCAUCACAAGCCACUGUUGCACGAGCUUCCCAGCCCCAAACGUCUCAAGGCCAGUUUGUCUUGCCUCAAGGCUCGCAAGUUAUGGACUUGACACUGUCGACUGAUGAGGAAUCGGAGCCUUCCCAGGGUAGUGGGUCAGAAGAUGUUCAACCUAGGCGGUUUAAGAGGUAUGGUCUGGAUGAUGACGAUCAGGAUUAUGAUGGUGGGGAAUGGGUUCCUCCGAAGGCGAGCUCCUUGCGCGGAAUGGAGACGCGCAGGCGAACUAGUGUUGGUGUGAAGGAGUCUUCCCAGUCUUCUCUUCACAAGAAUAAGAGGAAGACUAGCACGAGAUUUUAA